AUGAGUUUUGAUUUUGAAGACUUUGAAACUAAUUUCGAAACUUAAAAGAAAUUGUUAGAAAAUCGAAUAUUAUAAAUCUAGAAAUAGAACGAUAAUCUGAUGAAAUAUCAAUCAAUUAAGUAAAUUAAAUAUUUAAGUUGAAAAGAUAAGAGUAAUUGAGAGAAAUUAAAUCAGAUAUGAAAUUGGAAUUGUAAGAAAUCAAAUCGAUAAUUGCUUCUCUUGAAAUUACUGCUAAUAAAGACUAGAAAUUUUUACUUAAAUAAAUAAAAUAAAAAAUUUUGAAACUUGAGGAACAUCAUAAAGCCAUAGUUAAAUAACUCAUCAAAUAAUCAAUAUCUGAAUAAUUUGAUAGGUUAUCUAUGCAAGAAUCUUAAUUUAUUUAAGAAAAUUAAGUGAAUGAGCAACAGAGAUGUGAAUCUAAACCUAAAUCUUUACAAAAUUCAAUACCAAAUAGCCUUCCAAAAGAUGAAUAAAUUUUAAUUACAUAAUCUAAAAAAUAAAGUGGAUUAUCAUUAUCUUUAAAAUAACCACUUCUUGAAGUAGAAAAUGAAUAAUUCUUAGAUAAAAGAGACUCCAGUGAUAAGGAUAGUAAAGAAAUUGAACAAUAAGUUGUAUAAUAAUUAAAUUAAGAAUAUAUAGAAUAUUAAAAUAUGAUUGUUGAAUAGGAGAAUUUAGAUAAAUAUAAUCAAGAAAUUGAUUAACUUGUCACAUUUUAAAAAAGUGACAAGAAAUGCUUCAAAUAUUCAAUAAUCAGUGCAAUUGUAUUAAUCAUCCUUGGUGUUCUAAUAUUUUUGAUUUUACAUUAUUUUUAUAUAAAAUGAUAUUAGCUUUUUUAUACACUAGCAUUUGGCUUUGUAAUACAAUCUAUGAAAUGGUCCUUGGAAUUGAGUACAUUAUUAAUAUGAUAGAGACAGCUGUUUUGCCAUGGUAUUGAGUUUGCAAUCAUACUUUGUUUCCUCUCAGUUCAAUAUUUAUAAAAAACUAGAGAAUAAUUGUGUAUUUUAGUUCCAAUAUUACUUUUGUUAUUGAAUGUUGUAAGUAUGUAUUUCUCAUAUCAUAGUUAUUCUUUCUGCAAUUAAUUAGGAAAGAUUUUUACUUUUUCUUCUUCCUCCUUUGAUAUAUGAUACCUUAAAUAAAAAUGAAACAAAGAGAUAUUUUUUUCUCAUUUGCAAAGUAUUGCAUUUGGUUUCUCUAUGUAUUUGGAAAGUCCUUCUAAAUUUAAAUAAUGGUUAGCCAAUUGUUAUAAUAUUUAUUUUAAUCCUAUUCGCUUUAGUUAAUCCAAAAGAGAAGGAUAGAUAAUUAAAAAGAAAUGAUACUGAUUUCGAUGAUACAAUUCACAUACGAACGAAUUCAGAUUCUGAUCGUUUAUAAGAAAUGCAAAACAAUUUAAUAGGUAUUAUAAAAUUAGAUUGGACCUAUAAUCUUAUAAUGUCCAAUUCUAGAGCUCAUAAAAUAUUAAAAAAUACAAAAUUUGAAAAUAUAUUAGAAAGUCCUGUCAUUUCAAUUGAUAAAUCAACAAAAUAAGUGUUAUAGGAUUAAUUUAGUGUUAAAUUUUCUUCAGGUUAAGAUUUAAAAGAAUUCUAAUAAGUUUAUACAUUAAGGGAAGUUUUGGAAUAAUUAAAAUAAGUCUAAAAAUACCCUUAUGAAUUCGAAGUUUUUUGUAUAAAAGGAUAUAAUGACCUUUAUUUGAAAAUAUUUAUUUUCGAUUGUAAAUCUUUUACAAUAAUUUUAUAAAAUUUAGAAGAGUAUAAAUUGUAGAUAAAAAAGGUAUUCACAUAAACUACAAUAUAAUAAUUAUUUAAAAGUUUUAGCCAUGAAUACAACACUUCAUUAAAUUACAUUUUAGCAUUAGCUUAAGUAGCUGAGUGUCAUAAAUAAGUGCCAAAAUGUAUAAAGGAAUAAUAUUUUAAACCAAUUUUAGCUAAUGGAAGAGUAAUGCAUAGUAUGGUAUUAGAUAUGAUGGAUUACAAUAGUAUUUUAGGUAAAACAUUUAGUUUAGAAGUGUCUCAUUUUAAUAUUAAAGAAUUAAUUUUAGAAGUGAUAUCAUUAUUUAAGGAUCAAAUUAAAAAAAAGAAUUUAGAAAUUGAAUUUGAAAAUAAUAUACAGAUAUAAGAAAUUAUAUCAGAUAAAAAUAGAAUAAAACAAAUUUUGAUAAAUUUAGUUUCAAAUGCAUAAAAAUUUACACUUCAUGGUAAUAUAAGAUUGAGAGUUGAAGAAUAAAUAUUAAAUAAAAAGAAUUAAGAAAUAAUUUUUCAUGUUUAAGAUACUGGAAUAGGAAUGACAAAAGAUGAAUAAUAACGGUUAGUGUUGUUAUUGUAAUAAGGAGUACCCUCAAUAUCAAAAAUAUCUAAAAAUACUGCUGGUUUUGGUUUGGGUUUAUUUAUAAGUAAUAAGAUAGCAGAAACAUUAUCAUAAUAAAGAUAUGAGAAAGGUGGAGGUUUAAGAUUUGAAACUUAGACAGGAAAAGGAUUUCAUUGUUGGUUUUCAGUUUAUCAUUAGAUUGUUAGUCCUUCUAUUAAACCAAAUAAUCCUAAAAGUCCAUUAGUAUUAUUGAAUAAAAAAGUUAUAAUUGACACUAGAUAAAGCUAAGUUAAUGCUGGAAUUGAACAUUUAAGAAUGACUUAAAUGAGAUCAAAGUUUUCUCAUCUUUUGAAUAAUAAAGUGGCUCAAAUUUAAGUAAAUUAAAUAAGAGAAAGAAGAUCUCAUGAUUAAAUAAAAUUUGUCUAGAAAUUAAUUAAUGGUGUUUCUUAAGAUUCAGUUAAUAAAGAAUGUUCAAUUGAUGAGUAUCAAAAUAGAAUAAAGUAUAUGAAAUCAUAAGGAUAAUAGUAAAAAUAGCUUUCAUAAUAACCAAGUUAAACAAAAAUUAAUAUAGAUUGUCAUUGUCCAUCAAUUUUAAUUGUAGAUGAUGAAUAAAUUAAUAUAAUGGCAUUAUCAAUUUUAUUAGAAUAAUUCAAAUUAUCAUCAGAUUAAGUUUUUAAUGGAAAAGAAUGUGUAGAUUUAAUAUUUUCAAAUCAAAAAAAAAGUAUAUUAAUUAUAUAAAUUAGCAUAUUGUAGUAGAUGUAGUGAUAAAUAAUAUUAAUUAAUAUUUAUGGAUAUUAAUAUGCCUAUUUUAGAUGGAUGGGAAGCAUCUAGAUAAAUAAAAAAGAAAUUUAAAAUAUCAAUUAUAGCUUGCACAGCAUUUACAGAUAAUGAAACAAAAGAACAAUGUUAUUAAAAUGGUAUUGAUUAUUAUAUCUCAAAACCUGUUAAAAAAGACUCAUUAGCAUAAGUGCUUCAAUAUUACGAUAUUCUUUGA